UCCCUGUUGCUGUCAUAAGGCGACACCCCUCCACACGCGCGCGCAGUGGAAUGUUCCGCCGGGCUCUCAGUUCUGUUGUUGUGCAGAGCCGCAGAAGGCCUGACACGGGCGGCGAGAUCCGGAAAGCACCCUUAGUCCCGGACGGACAGUCUGCUUUUCGUCGGCUUGGUGGACCAGGGGAGGGAGAAUGAGAAGGAACGAGGCGAGGUGAAAGGGGGUAAGGAAGGAAAGGAAAGGAACGGAAAGGAAGGGGAGGAAGGAAGGAAGGUGCUCCUGCCAUCAUCUUCAACGCAGUGCUGGUUUUUGUCCUCCAUCCUCCUCGGAGAACGAGGACAGCAGAGGAGGAGGCGGAGGGGACGGGGGGGAGACGGUAACCCUCUCCUCUCCUUUCACUCAGACCCACAUCAGCAAGAUCCAAACACCCGGAGGGAAAUAAACAAAAAAACAAGCGCUUCCUCUGUUCGCUUCUGGUCUCUUCGACCAGCGAGCGGCUAACACGCUCCGCUCAUGUCAGUGAACUCGGAGAAAUCCUCGUCCCCGGAAAGGCCUGAGACGCAGCAGAAAGCCUCGGCGAGUGUCCCUUCUCCCCCGCCGCCCCCUCCGCCUCCCCCUGAGCCUGCGGGGCCCCCGGAGCCGGAGGAGGAGAUCCUGGGCUCCGACGAUGAGGAGCAGGAGGACCCGGCGGACUACUGCAAAGGAGGCUACCAUCCGGUCAAGAUCGGAGAUUUGUUCAACGGGAGGUACCAUGUGAUAAGGAAGCUGGGGUGGGGCCAUUUCUCCACCGUCUGGCUGUGCUGGGACAUCCAAGUAAAGAACUUUGUGGCUAUGAAGGUGGUGAAGAGCGCCCAGCAUUACACUGAGACGGCCUUGGAUGAGAUCAAGUUGCUGCGAUGUGUGAGGGAGAGCGACCCCUCCGACCCCAACAAGGACAUGGUGGUCCAGUUGAUAGAUGACUUCAAGAUCUCUGGCGUCAACGGCAUUCAUGUGUGCAUGGUGUUCGAGGUGCUGGGUCACCACCUGCUCAAGUGGAUCAUCAAGUCCAACUACCAAGGCCUGCCGCUGCCGUGCGUCAAGAGCAUCAUCAAACAGGUCUUGCAAGGGCUGGACUACCUGCACACCAAAUGUAAAAUCAUCCACACGGACAUCAAGCCCGAGAACAUCCUGAUGUGCGUGGACGACACGUUUGUGAGGCGCAUGGCCAUGGAAGCCACCGAGUGGCAGAAAGCUGGAGCUCCGCCCCCUUCCGGGUCAGCGGUUAGCACAGCCCCCCAGCUCAAACCGGUGAGUACGACUGAUGUGGGCAAGAUCUCCAAGAACAAGAAGAAGAAGCUGAAAAAGAAACAGAAGCGUCAAGCCGAGCUGCUGGAGAAGAGGAUGCUGGAGAUCGAAGCCCUGGAGAGGGAAGCUGAGAAGAGGGGGGAGCGAGCCAACGAGGAGGGCGACGAGGAAGAGGAGGAGGAGGAGGAGGAGGAAGGGACGAACGAAGAGGAGCGGCCGAAAAUUGAGCGACCGUCCACGCCCCGUCAACCGACGCCGCCGGGCCCCGGCAUGGCCCUCGGAGAGAGCGAUGACGACGACGAUGAGGACGGGGAAGAGGAGGAGGAGGAAAGUAGUGAGAGGCCCACCAGGUUGACCAAUCAUACAUGCGCAGCACACAACGAGGAGCCCGGUGAGGAGGAGGAGGAGGAAGAGGAGGGAGAGGGACCCCGCAUCAACGAUGAUGACCGUGACGAAGAUGCAGAAGAGGAGGCCACGCCCGUGGCCGAGAAAGACGCUCCCAUCCCUCCCGGUAAUGGCGAUUUCAUCCAGAAGGAGAAAGAGGAAGAGGAGGAGCCGCCCAAAGGGCUGGAGAUGAAAAAGGAGGUAGAGAGAGUCGACCAGGAGGAGAAAGAAAAUGAGCUAGAGGAGACGGAGAAGACAGACGAAGCCAAGGAAGAGGAAGAGGAGGAGGAGGACGAUGAAGACGACACCACCGCCGAGCUCCUCACAGACACGAGCUCGCCCGUCAAGACGCCCACCAACCAAACCCACGUGGCCAAAACCAACGGCCACAUCCCGCCGCCGGCCUCGGAGGGGCCGGGCGCCCGGCUGCCCACCACGCCCGAGCCGCUCCUCUGCCCCUUGGUGGAGUCCGAGCUCAGCUACACCGACAGGGACCUGUCGCUCAGCUCCGGCUACGAGAUGUUCAACGGCGAGGCGGGCGAGCCGGGGCUCACCAACGGCGAGGGCCAGCGCCCCAGGGCCGCCGUGGCGCUCUUUCCCGAGUUGCCUCUGGACCCGGAGCCGGCCAGUCCCGUGUGCGGGGGCACGGGCGACACCGGAGCGGGGAAGCUGCCCGGCAGCCCCGCAGCGGACCGCAGCCGCACCGUCUCAUCGUCCAGCACGGGAGAAACGCCCAAAGCUCGAGCCCGAGCCGCGGACCUCCUGAUCAACCCCCUUGACCCCCGCAACGCCGAAUCCAUCCGAGUGAAAAUAGCUGACCUCGGAAAUGCCUGCUGGGUGCACAAGCACUUUACCGAGGACAUCCAGACCCGACAGUACCGCUCCAUCGAAGUGCUGAUAGGAGCCGGUUACAGCACUCCCGCCGAUAUCUGGAGCACCGCCUGCAUGGCGUUUGAACUAGCAACAGGGGACUACCUGUUUGAGCCCCAUUCGGGCGAGGACUACUCGAGGGAUGAGGACCACAUAGCCCACAUCAUAGAACUACUGGGCUGUAUCCCAAGGCACUUUGCCCUCUCCGGAAAAUAUUCCCGCGAGUUCUUCAACAGACGAGGCGAGCUCCGGCACAUCACCAAGCUGAAGCCGUGGUCUCUUUACGACGUACUGGUGGAGAAGUACGGCUGGGCGCACGAGGACGCCGCCCACUUCACCCAAUUCCUGCUGCCCAUGCUGGAAAUGGUGCCGGAGAAGCGGGCGUCAGCGGGCGAAUGCCUCAACCAUGCGUGGCUUAACUCGUAGCCAUGCACGCAACCCCCCUCCCCCUCCCUCCCCCCCUUGAUGGUACCACGGCUACUGAUUUGAAAGACGCACCCUGGCGAGCCCCUCCACGAAGUCCUUUACGGAAUGUAAAGACGAGUGUACGGAUAAAGAAAAAAAACCUUGUGGUUGUCUUCCGAAGAGAACUUGUGGAAAUGGACCUUAUUUUGGACAAAUACUGCCCAGAGCUGCUCCUGCCAUGACCUUUGAACCCUUCAGUCGUAACGGGGACCUUCACUGGACGCUCUCGGCGGGGCCCCACAUAGUUUCCUCUAAGAGCUGAGUGGUCGCCAAACCUCUAGGGGGCGCCACUGCAAAAUAGAGUGAGGAAUGACUAAAAAAGAAUACAAACAACCAUGCAUGGUGAUUGGAUGCAAGUAAUGGCGGUACGAUUUUUGCUGAUUAUUCCCAAAUUGGAUGAAAAGGAAGGCGGGUGUGCUCUCUGGGAAUCGUCAAGUGUUGCUGUGACCCCCUCCCCUCUUUACCCCAAUGACAAAAUGGACGUACGCAGCGGAGGUUGCACUUGUUGUCCUUCAGGAAUCUGAACAUUUUGUACAUUUAAAAAAAAAAAAAAGCAAACGAGACAUGGGAACACAUACACGCAAAUGCAUACACACACAUUCCAAAUGAAAAAAACAGGCUGUGACCCCCCCCCCCUUCCUGCAAUGACACACACACAUACACGUACACACACGCGUGCGUCUCUCCCUUAAUCAUUCAUCACAACUAGUCCAGUUGCCUAUUUUUUGCAAUAAAAAAAUAUAUAAGUAAA